UCUCUCUCUUUGUUUUGGAUGCUGAUUUAGUCCCGUAGUUUGCUCAUUCCUCCGCUUAAACCCUCCCAUUGAACAACACACAGAAAAUUAGGAUUAGGAAAAAAAAAACGAAUUACUUAUUCUCACAAAUAGAUAAGACCCUCUUAAUCCGCUCCAUAAAUCAAGGAAUCGCCCUCACAAGCCUAAUCUUUCCCUGAUAAGAGAGAAAGAGAAAACGCCUUGAUCACCACUAACUCUGCAUAACCAACCAUCAGCUUAAUCCCCUCUUAAAACAGUUAAACUUAGACUGAUUAAGAGACUCACACAGUCCCAAAACCUACACCUCCUCUCCCAAUGUUUUCCUCUCACUUAUUUUUUUCCUCUCAAACCAAGCUCUUUCCUUCACGAACAAUUCCUCUGCUAGCUUCUUCAAUUUUUAAUUCACUAUUUCUGUUCUUGAAUUAAAUUAAUUUGUUACAUAUCGUCGCUUAGAUGUCCAUGGACUACUACAACACAAGAGAAUUACAAGGCAAGCAAUCCCAUGAUCCUUAUUAUUUCAUUGACAAAAUGAGCAACAAGUCUUCCUUGUCUUCGUCCUCGUCCUCGUCAGCAUCAUCGCCAUCGCCAUCACCAUCACCGUCGUCUAGACUCGUAGUGUGUGUUCCGGGGCCAGUCAUCGUAGGUGCAGGGCCAUCAGGGCUUGCAACCGCCGCAUGUCUCAAGUUAAAAGGUGUACCGAGUGUGAUCCUGGAGAGAUCCAAUUGCAUAGCCUCCUUAUGGCAGCUCAAGACCUACGACCGCCUUCGCCUUCACUUGCCGAAGCAAUUUUGUGAGCUACCCUUCAUGCCUUUCCCCAAUGAUUUCCCAACUUACCCUACAAAGCAACAAUUCAUUCAAUACCUGGAAGAUUAUGCUACCAAGUAUGACAUUAGGCCACAGUUCAAUGAGACCGUGGCCAGUGCCCAGUUUGAUCCCACGCUCGGGUUUUGGCGUGUGCGGACAACGGGAGUGAAAGGUGGUGAUGAGAUGGAGUAUGUGUGCCGGUGGUUGAUUGCCGCCACCGGUGAGAAUGCAGAGGCGGUGGUGCCGAAGCUUGAGGGAAUGACAGAAUUUAAAGGGCCUAUAAGGCACACAAGUUUGUACAAGAGUGGUGAAGAGUUUAGAGAGAAUAAAGUUUUGGUUGUUGGUUGUGGAAAUUCAGGCAUGGAGGUGUGCUUGGAUCUAUGUAAUCAUAAUGCUAGGCCUUCUCUUGUGGUCAGAGAUACAGUACAUGUCUUACCAAGAGAGAUGCUUGGAAAAUCCACGUUUGGGCUGUCCAUGUGGUUGCUCAAGUGGCUGCCCAUGCGACUUGUGGAUCGGUUCUUGCUGGUUGCGUCUCGGCUGCUUCUCGGCAAUACCUCUCGACUCGGAUUAGACCGACCGAAAUUGGGUCCCUUGGAGCUCAAGAACUUGUCUGGAAAGACCCCUGUCUUAGACGUUGGUACACUAGCAAAGAUCAAAAGUGGAGACGUUGAGGUAUGUCCAGCCAUCAAGAGGUUAAAACCUCACGCUAUAGAAUUCAUUGAUGGACGAACGGAGAAAUUUGAUGCCAUUGUCUUAGCAACAGGUUACAGAAGCAAUGUGCCCAUUUGGCUAAAGGAGAGUGAUAUGUUUUCAAAGGAAGAUGGGUUGCCUAGAACGCCAUUUCCAAAUGGUUGGAAAGGUGAGUGUGGGUUAUACGCAGUGGGGUUUACCAAACGUGGACUACUUGGUGCCUCAAUGGAUGCCCAAAGAAUUGCUGAAGAUAUUGAACGGUGUUGGAAAGCUGAGGCAAAGCAUUGUACUCCCUUUAAAGCCUCACUUUUCCCACUAUCAUCAUCAUCACCACCAUCAUUAUGAUGAUUUUGAUUUGAUGAGCUAAUAACAAUGAGAAGGCAGCUGGGGAGAGAGAGAGAGAGAGAGAGAGAGAGAGAGAGAGAUUUGGGUUGGCCAGGAAAAUUUUUACCAAAGGAUCGCCUCUUGGAGGAUUUUUUAUGGUUGGCACCAUGUGCAAAAAAAGAAAGUAGUGAUUGAUGCACACUCCCUCUUAAUUUCCGUCCGUGGUUAUAUUUGCUUUGUUCAAUUCAAUGGCUAAAAAAGAAAGGGGCGUGCAUGAAGUGAAAAUGGUGGGCAUAAAUCAUUUCCCAAAAGUAAAGUGUGUGCUCUUCCAGUUGAGAAAAAGAAAAAUGAAAACCCCUAAGAAAAAGAAAAGGUUGAAAGGGAGAGAAUUUGGUCUACGAUCCCCUUUACUUUUGAAAUUGACAAGAAGCUAGCUGCAGGGGAUUGGGAAAGAGGAACUUUGAGAGAGAAAGAAGCAUUGUGUGUGGUAUCGGUUUUGCAGGGUGGACCUCAUCAACUACUAGCAUGUACACUUGUACAUUAUUAUUGAUCUCUAAUUAGGUAUGACUUUUUUUAUAGAGGCAGAGAGAUCAGUGGGAGAGAUUAAAGGGUAGGAUUUGGUAUUAUUUUUCAUCAAGUGUAUGCAAAUGAUUGUGGUUUUUGCCUCUAUUUCCAAUGGGGUUGGGAUGAGAGACAAUUGAGAGAUUAGUAUUGACAUUGACGUAGCUAGGGUUGUGUGUGCGGUUAUUCUUUCUCUCUAUCGAGCUAGGGUUUUUGUAUUUCUUCUUUCUGGAUUUUUUUUGAGGGGUGUAGUGUCUUCAGACAACUUCAAUAGAAAAAUUGACUUGAUCUACUGAGAAUAAUGAAAAUCAUAUGAACUGACUUCAAACUUUUA